UUUCUCGGUGUUAGAUAUUUUCGUGGUUGUGAUCCAAAGAUACCAAACUAAAUUAAUAGUUUCUUUUUCUUCUUCCUUCCUUCUUCAUCUUCUCUUCAACCUCUGAUAUUUUUUUCUCUCUCUUUCUCUCUCCUUCAAUCCUUUUGAUCGGAAACGAUUUAUCUGAGCGGACUAAGAUCUGUUUUCACCGAGAUACUCGUUUCGUUUGCUGUUUUGUAUUUUUUGACUUUUUUGGUGUUAUCAAGUUCUGCUUUUUUUUGUUUGCUUUUUGAGCUUCGAUUCGAUGGGGGAGAUUGUAGUUUUAAGUAGUGAUGAUGGUAUGGAGACGAUGAAGAACAACAGAGGCAAGUCCUCGGAAGUUGUUCAGUGGGAGAAGUAUUUGCCUAAAACUGUGCUUAGGGUUUUGCUAGUUGAAUCUGAUGAUUCAACUCGUCAAAUCAUCACUGCUCUGCUUCGUAAAUGCUGUUACAAAGUUGUUGCUGUUUCCGAUGGUUUAGCUGCUUGGGAGAUUCUUAAGGAGAAGUCACAUAACAUUGAUCUUGUACUAACUGAGCUGGAUUUGCCAUCUAUAUCUGGUUUUGCUCUGCUUGCUUUGGUCAUGGAGCAUGAAGCUUGCAAGAACAUUCCUGUCAUAAUGAUGUCUUCCCAAGAUUCGAUAAAAAUGGUGUUGAAGUGUAUGCUGAGAGGUGCUGCUGAUUAUCUAAUUAAACCCAUGAGGAAAAACGAGUUGAAAAAUCUAUGGCAACAUGUAUGGCGAAGACUUACUUUGCGUGAUGAUCCUACGGCUCAUGCUCAAAGUUUACCAGCGUCACAGCACAACCUUGAAGACACUGAUGAAACUAGUGGAGAUUCCAGAUAUCAUUCCGAUCAAGGAAGUGGUGCUCAGGCUAUCAGCUACAAUGGUCACAAUAAGCUAAUGGAAAAUGCCAAAUCACUAGAUGACAGAGACGAGGUUAAGGAUUCUGGUAGAAUUGACAAAAAGCCUGAAUCUUUUGAUGUGACAAUGGAUUUGAUUGGCGGAAUUGACAAACGGCCUGAGUGUAUCUUUGGAGACAUCAGUCGUGACGCCUGUGUUGGUCCCGAGCUUGGACUCUCUCUGAAAAGAUCUUGCUCUAUUAGUUUUGAGAACCGAGAUGAAAGCAAGCACCAAAAGCUUAGCCUCCCUGACGCAUCAGCCUUCUUAAGAUUCGAGAAUAGCAAAGAAGCAGAGAAAGCCGUGGUUGCUUUAGAGGCGAGUAGUUCAGGGGAGCCAAAGACACCAACCGAAUCACAUGAAAAGUUAAGAAAAGUAAGAUCUGAUCAGGGAAGCGCCACAACGAGCAGCAACCAGGAGAAUAUUGGAUCAUCAAGCAUAACUGGACAAUGUGGGCAGAAUGAGUUAAGCUUCAAUCACCAAGUUAUUCCGUCCGCGGUUACAAAUCAAGUGCAAGAUUCCCCCGUUCCAGUAGAAUCAAAUCGUUUGAAAGCUAGCAAGGAAGUAGAAGUCGGAUCUCAAAGCACCUGCUGCAACACCAGCGAGGGGAUUGCAGGACAAAGUAGCAGCACAGAGAAAAAACCAAAGGAGGAAGAAAGUGCACAACAACGUUGGAGUCGAAGCCAGAGAGAAGCUGCACUGAUGAAGUUCCGGUUGAAGAGGAAAGAUCGAUGCUUUGAUAAAAAGGUUCGGUACCAGAGCAGGAAGAAGCUAGCAGAACAACGGCCAAGAGUGAAAGGCCAGUUCGUGCGUGCUGUCAAUUCAGACUCGUCUACUAAAGCCUGAAGAAGCUCAACGGAAAACAACUCCUAGAAGUUUGUCUCGAUUUCUUUUGUUGAUUUUAAUAUAUUAGUAGAAAACUUAUUUUAGUGUGCUUUGGUAUGUUUGAUUGGCCUCUUCUGAGAGAAUUGGGGUCACUUUUGUAUAUAUUCAACUCUGAGAAGUGAAAAUGAUCAGGCUUAGCCAAAACCGUAACUUGAUAAUGAUGUUCGUUGUUAUGUUGAAA